AUGAGUUUUAAAGAAGAAAUUUUAAUAGAUUUAGUGUAUAAACUUCCUCAUUUGUGGGAUAAAAAGGACCCUAAUUAUAAAGACAAAGUGGCAGUGGAAAAUGGAUGGGAAUCUAUUUCUCAAGUUUUGCAUAUGAGAAUUUCUAAUGUCCAGUACCUUUGGGCCAAUAUAAGGACCAAGUACCUAAAGGAGAGACGCCAAUUAAAAAACCUACCUUCUGGGUCCGGCGCUCAAAAAACUUGGCAUCUUUUUGAGAAGUUAGGUUUUUUGGAUGCAGUAAUUGCCACGAGAAAGACCAAAGGUAACAUACUUAAAUCGAACGAAGAAUCUUCAUCUUCUGAGAUUUGGGAUGAGUUAUCCGUCAAUGAAGAUGGAUUUCAGGAGGAAACAAUUGAAAUCCGGUCAUAUAUGGACGAUGACGAUAGUCAAACUCCAUCUACGUCUAAACACCGUCUUCAGGGAUCCAGUCCAGGUUGGCUCAACCAACCACGUCUGCUGAACGUUCAAUCGUAA